AUGCCAGCGGGAACACAGGGAGGCAAGAAAAAGCCGUUGAAGGCGCCCAAGAAGGUCGUGGUUGAGACCGAGGAGGACGUCGAGUUCAAGAAAAAACAAGCCGAAGAAAAGAAGCAACUUGAGGCUGCCCGCAAGGAGCUGCUACAGAAGCAGGCCGCCAAGAAGAAGUGA